AUGGAAACACCAAAGAUUGUCUUUCUUUGGUCCCAUGUGCGUUCAGUUUCAACUGCGUUCGAGCGAGCUUUUAUUCAACGAGAAGACUACGUCACUUUUCAUGAACCUUUCGGAGAACCAUCCUACUUUGGUCCCGAACGUAUCUACAGCUAUUAUGACAAUGAAUUGAGCGAACAUGCCGAGUAUCUGAAUGUAACCUUUUCUCAAAUGAUCGAACAGAUACUCAAGCCUACAACAAGCGAGGAAAAGAAGAACGUCUUUGUCAAAGAUAUGGCACGUCAUGUUGUUCGCCCCGAUUACAAAUCACAUCGAGAAAAUCCAACUGUACUUCCAAUUGAGUUUUUGAAACGAUGCAAGCAUACAUUUAUCCUUCGCACACCAAGAAAGUCUGUGCCUUCUUUGUACCGUGCGUAUGUUCGAAACAACCUGAAAUUCAUUCAUGACGACAUCGGAUAUCCAGAACUACAGGCUUUAUUCGAAUUUCUCACUGAGCUCACCGGUACACCUCCAGCCCUGGUUGAAGCAGGUGACCUUGUCGAAAAACCUGAAGCUAUCAUGCGAAUGUACUGCGAAUCAGGCAUUGGUGAUCGAUUCGAAGCACAGAUGCUUGAAUGGAAAGCGGAACGGGUUGAGGCAUUCGAUAAAUGGUCAGGCUGGCACGAUAUGGCUCAGUAUAGCACAGGUUUCAAUCAGUGUCAACGAGCGACAGAUAAUAAUGAUGAACUUAUUUUACCCGACGACGUACAGGAAGUGAUCGAAAAAAGCAUGCCAAUAUACGAGAAACUGCGUGAAUUUAAGUUACGUGUUUGA